CGCGCAGCGCUGCGCCGGGGCGUAUGUGUCGGUGGGGACGGCAACGGCCGCAGCCCUCGGCGGGGCCGCCGCCAUGGACGCAGCUACUCUUACCUAUGACACUCUCAGGUUUGAAUAUGAAGACUUCCCUGAGACCAAAGAACCUGUUUGGAUCCUUGGCCGGAAAUACAGUGUUUUUACAGAGAAAGAAGAGAUCCUGUUGGAUGUGACCUCUCGGCUUUGGUUCACCUACAGAAAGAACUUCCCUGCUAUUGGAGGAACCGGUCCCACAUCUGAUACUGGCUGGGGCUGUAUGUUGCGGUGUGGCCAGAUGAUCUUUGCUCAGGCCUUGGUCUGCAGGCAUUUGGGAAGAGACUGGAGGUGGAUAAAAGGGAAGAGGCAGAUGGAUAAUUACUUCAACGUUCUUAAUGCCUUCAUUGACAAAAAAGACAGCUACUACUCCAUUCACCAGAUAGCCCAGAUGGGAGUUGGAGAGGGAAAAUCCAUAGGUCAGUGGUAUGGACCAAACACAGUCGCACAAGUGCUCAAAAAACUUGCAACUUUUGAUACAUGGAGUUCACUGGCAGUACAUAUAGCCAUGGACAACACAGUAGUGAUGGAGGAAAUCCGGCGGUUGUGCCAGUCCAACUUCCCGUGUGCUGGAGCUGCAGCAUGCCCUGCUGUGGAGUCAGAUGUGCUCUAUAACGGGUACCCAGAGGAAGCAGGGGUUAGAGAUAGGCUCUCACUGUGGAAACCAUUGGUGCUGCUGAUACCUCUCCGCCUUGGGCUCACAGAGAUCAAUGAAGCCUAUAUUGAAACACUAAAGCACUGCUUCAUGAUGCCUCAGUCCCUGGGAGUGAUCGGAGGGAAACCAAACAGUGCUCACUACUUCAUUGGCUAUGUAGGUGAGGAACUCAUUUACCUGGAUCCCCACACUACGCAGCCUGCAGUGGAGCCCAGUGACAGCGGCUGUCUCCCCGAUGAAAGCUUCCACUGCCAGCACCCUCCCUGCAGAAUGAGCAUUGCUGAGCUUGACCCCUCCAUUGCGGUGGGCUUUUUCUGCAACACAGAGGAGGAUUUUAACAAUUGGUGCCAGCAAAUCAAAAAGCUGUCCCUGGUAAGAGGAGUGCUGCCAAUGUUCGAACUGGUUGAACGCCAGCCAUCACAUUUCUCCAACCCCGAUGUCCUGAAUCUCACACCAGACUCCUCUGAUGCUGACAGACUGGAAAGGUUCUUUGACUCAGAAGAUGAAGACUUUGAAAUCCUAUCCCUUUGAAAACAAAUAGGAAACUGACUCUGCAAAUUUGUGUUAUGUGUGGGGAGAAGGGGGGGAGGGAAGCUCCUUCGAGAGCCUGGGGCUACCGGUUUUCAUAGGCGCUUGCUGCCAUCCCCGCCUCUUGUCCAUCCUGGCAUUCUGUGCAGCCUCUGAGCGGAGCGUGCAUUGUCUGCGUUGGGAUGAAGAACCAAGUGGGUGUUAUAGCCUUACUGGCUGGAGUCGGAAUUUCUCAGCAGAAGACAGUUGCUGGAAGUGGAUGCAGUGGUGCUUAGGAGUUCAAAGCCUAUCUGUUACAUCAGCAGGUCAGUUGGCCUUCUGGGGGAGGCAUAGAAAUCGUUAGAGCGCUAAAUCCUUACAUGGGGACUCCCGUCUGGAGCUUAAAUAGAGCCACCCAUCAUUUAGCAGGUGAAAUGUACAGUUAAUGCCCUUAGCAGCUUCUCUUCUCACUGGCCAACUUUGACUGCAGCUCACAAUGCAAAUGAACAGCAGACAUGUCCCAACAAGACAGCUGUGAAGCCCCUGGAGUGCAGGUGGCCAGGCUUCCUACAGUACAAGUCCUGUUCCUGCUUUGCAGUACACAGCACUUCCUCACAGGUGUGGUACCCCUUGCCUGCUCUUAUCAAAGGAAGUUGAGGGAACUUAGAAGCAACUGGUAGUUCAAUAAGCAAAAGGCUGUCUGGGAAAGUGUGGAGCAGACCCAUGCUGCUGGGAAGGAACAUCUCAAUCUAUCUCAGUUUAAAUUACAGCAGAAAGAAUGGAAAGAGAAUAGAAAAUGUACGUGUUCUUGCUCAGUGAGUCAAUAAAGCAUUGUGCUUCUAUGAUGGAUUAAUCUCUACAGUAAGUAUCUUCAGGAAAGCUGCUUCAAGCAGAGAACUGGUUUCCAUAGCCCUGGGAAAAAAAAAUUCCACAGCUGAGAGAGGUGAAAACAGGACAACUGAGAUCUGCCAGUCUUGUGCCUGCGCCCCAGUGUGCUGGCAUGGUGUCUAGGGAAUUAAUCCUGUUGGUACCAAAAAUAUGAGCUGUAAAAUUCCUCAAGGUGUCCUCAGUGGGUUGUUCAGCAGUUCCUCCAACUACUCCUGUUAGACAUUCCCCUUCCAAAUCGGAAGAGGUGCCUGAAGGUUGAGUAGGCUUCCUAGCUGUGUUGGUACCUCUCCAUUUGUCUUCUGCCAGCUCCCCCUCCCUGCAGAGUAUGCACAAAGGUACUGUAGGAGCUAACCCAGAGAAACCCAUGUCAAGUAAUUAUCCCAAAGAGGGCAGUAAAGACAGAAUGCCUUGAGAAGGUCCAAUUAUACUGGAAAUUUUAGCUACUUUAAGAUGAUAGCUCUGCCUGGGGUCCUUCUCUGCACAGAAUUCAGAGAGAGGUAAACUGUUGAGGAGAGCUGCCAUAAUGCAAACUGCAAAGUUGCUGAAGUAGUUUCCUUAAUGCAUGCUGCAGAUUGCAAACCUGUUUACAAGGCUUGGGUUUGUACAUUUAGGAUUGGAACCUGUCAGCUGAUGCUUUUGUGCCCAAGGGUCGUGACAGCUGGCUAGAAAUGACCUGUUUCCCCUGCGACUGACCUACUGAUGCUCUAACUGUCCCUAUGCUAUCCAAAAGCAGAGGUUUGAACUGGGAACCACAAUGCUUCUGUCACUAAAUUAUUAUUUGCUGCUUUCUGCCUGCUUCUCCUCUUCUCUCUUGUAGUUAGGGGAAGAGGCAGCAGAGGAAGUGGGGCUGUGCUCCAUUCAUCUGCUUUCAAUUUGUAUCUGAAUAAACAGAUCUAAAA